AUGUUCCAAUUGGGUCUAUACCCGAUUUCAAGCGGCUGGGAUAAGGCAACGUCAAAGUUUAAGACAAGAGAAGCAGUGGUAGAGAAGGGCAUUGACGAGCUUGAUCAGUACGCCUUCGUUGUCAGAACCCGAGCCGACAUGCCUUCCUUGAAGCAAAGUGUUACUGUUCGCGUUAAUUCGGAUUUCAUUCGGAAAGCCCUACGCCAUGUUAUGGGCGUUGCGAAAGCCAUUGGCUUGCAGGAAGAUAAGCCUAUUGCAGUAACCAACCAAGCACAGAUUGAUCAGAAGCUCCUGUAUAAUUUUCUCCCUGACCUCAAGAGAUAUGAGGCGAAAGCAGCGGGUGCCUUCGAAGACGAGCUAAAACACAUAUCUCUGUUUGUCAAUUUUAUCGCUCACACAUAUCAGCCAGUGACCCAACAGCUCCUGCCGCAACUAAAAGCUGGGCAAAUUGCUUGGGACUUGCUUGGGACUGUCAUGAAGCCUGGAUAUGAACUUGAGAAUAAGCAGCGGAUGGAAGAGAAAGAGCAAUUCAGGAGAGCUGAUGCCGAUGACUCCAGCAUGACUGAUGACGAUUAUUUGAUAUGCUGUCCCUCGAUUCCGGCCUUUAGUUUCAGUGAUAAUGCUUUCUACGAGGUUGUUGUCGAUGACACCCGCAAUAUCGAGUGGUCACCAAGUCUUUUCAAGAGCUUGACUAGUUCUGACGAUCAGAAACUCCUUCUCAUGGCACUCAUGAGGACCCAGUUGGGGAUUGUCCCCUCUCUCCCAUUUGACGACCUUGUCACAGGCAAAGGGAAGGGCUUAAAUGUGCUUCUACUUGGCCCACCGGGCAUAUCUGCUGCCCAACUGGAAGUGGAACCAGAUAGACUCGAUGACAAUCUCACUCACAUAUUUCAAAUUGCUAAGCGGUUUGACGCCCUCCUUUUACUGGAUAAAGCUGAUGUCUUCCUCGAACGUCGGGCGUCUAUCAAUGCCUCCAAGGACGCUACUGUUACGAUAUUCCUUCGCAAGCUGGAGUAUUUCCAGGGAAUUUUCUUUCUCACGACGAACAGGGACGCGGAGCUUGAUGAGGCAAUCCUUAGCAGGAUUCAUCUGAAACUCAAAUACGAAGCGCUGAACCAACGUCAACGGAAGGACAUAUGGGCGAGGUUUGCCACCCGAGUACGUACACAUCAAGGGCCGGUGAUGGUGAGCGACACCGAUUUGGAUCGCCUCGCGAUUCUAGACCUCAACGGGCGGGAGCCGGAUCAAAAACAUAAUGUCCAUUCACACGCACUCGCAACAGAUGAUGGUAGUCACGUUAAUUAUAGGUAUAUCAAGCAGGCCUCGAUCUCAAAUGAGGAUCAUUCUCGGGAGUUUAAUCGUGUCAGCGGCAUGUACAUCUAA